AUGGAGGGCCAUGAUCGAAAGGAACCAGAACAGCUGAGCAAGCUGUUUAUUGGUGGUCUGAGCUUUGAAACCACAGAUGAUAGCUUAAGAGAACAUUUUGAGAAAUGGGGCACACUUACAGACUGUGUGGUAAUAAGAGAUCCCCAAACAAAAUGUUCCAGGGGCUUUGGUUUGGGGACCUACUAUUGUGUUGAAGAGGUGGAUGCUGCAAUGAGUGCUCAGCCACACAAGGUUGAUGGGCAUGUCAUGGAACCAAAGAGAGCUGUUUCUAGAGAGGUGCCUGGUGCCCAUUUAAUUGUGAAGAAAAUUUUUGUUGGUGGUAUUAAAAAAGAUACAGAAGAAUAUAAUCUAAAAGACUACUUUGAAAAGUAUGGCAAGAUUGGAACCAUAGAAGUUAUAGAAGACAGGCAGAGUGGAAAAAAGAGAGGAUUUGCUUUUGUAACCUUUGAUGAUCAUGACACAGUUGAUAAAAUUGGUGUUCAGAAAUACCACACUAUUAAUGAGCAUAAUUGUGAAGUGAAAAAGGCCUUUUCUAAACAAGAAAUGCAGUCUGCUGGAUCACAGUGAGGUCAUGGAGGUGGAUCUGGCAACUUUAUGGGCCAUGGAGGAAUCUUUGGAGGUGGUGGAGGUAAUGUUGGUCAUAGUGGAAACUUUGGUGGAAGAGGAAGCUAUUGUGGUGGAGGUGGUGGCAGCAGAGGUAGUUAUGGAGGUGGUGAUGGUGGAUAUAAUGGAUUUGGAGGUGAUGGUGGCAACUAUACUGGUGGCCCUGGUUAUAGUAGUAGAGGAGGCUAUGGUGGUGGUGGAACAGGCUAUGGAAACCAAGGUGGUAGAUAUGGUGGUGGUAGAGGAUAUGAUGGUUACAAUGAAGGAGGAAAUUUUGGUGGAGGUAGCUAUGGCGGUGGUGGGAACUAUAAUGACUUUGGAAAUUAUAGUGGACAACAGCAAUCAAAUUAUGGGUCCAUGAAAGGGGGCAGUUUUGGUGGAAGAAGCUCAGGCAGUCCCUAUGGUGGUGGCUAUGAAUCUGGUGAUGGAAGUGGUGGAUAUGGUGGCAGAAAGUUUAAAACAAAAGCAGAAAAGUGCUCCAGUUCUUAA